AUGUGCAAUGUGCGAACUUCCUCUCUUCAGAUACCGAGCUUCGCUGUAGGGGACCUACCCGCGGGUUACUGUGGUCAGAACGUGUACACACAGACGUUAACGUAUGAGAAGUGUGUGGAGUUGGGAUUGGGUUCGCACUACGAAGAUAUCAGAAACCAACUCACGCAUAUAAUACGAGCCGUUGAUAAGGCUGUGGGACAGCCAAUGCUACACACUACAG